AUGACGACCGCGGCGUCCGACGCCUGUAGGGCCGCCAUCUAUGACUGGACCAUAAGCACCUCUGCCAUCUCCACAGAGAAGUCCUGUUGUAUUGCAACUCUUGCCUUCGAUGACGAGGCCUAUUUGAUUGCUGCAGCAGUUCUGGCCCACUCGCUUCGUGAAACAAACACCACAGUCGAUCUUGUCCUGUUUCUGAGUGACACGUUGAAUUACUCUCCGGACAAGAAGGUCCAGGGAUGCAUCUCUCUCUGCAAGCAGGUCUUUGAUGCUAUCAUAAUCGUGACCCCGUUGGAGUUUCGCGUCUCUCUCGAGGUGUGGCCUCGUUUCCAGAAGCUGUACAGCAACUGGCUUCCCAAGUGCUUCACCAAGCUCUACCUAUUGAAGCUCAAGCCCUACGAAAAGGCCUUGUUUAUGGAUAGUGAUAUGCUAGUACUACAUAAUAUAGACCACAUUUUCGACCUAAAAACACCGUUUGGUACACUAGUGACAUACCGCAAAGAGGGGUUAGAAACAGGAACACGUUUGGCGCGGAGAACGAUCUUACUUAGCCUUCUUAACUCGUACGGAAUCUCCGGCGCCUUCUUCUGCGUCCAGCCCGACGACGAUAUGUUCCAAAUAGCUAAGCUACAUAUCAGGGAAAAGAUAAGGCAGAAUGGAACUUAUUACGAGACACCAAAAGAUCUAGACAUUAACUCUGACAUACCAGUCAGGAGGCGCCUCAAUGCAGGCCCUGACGAGCAGAUAUUUACAUGGCUCUACUCCCACGACUUUAAGUAUGAUUCAAAAAGCAACCGUUAUGAGUACCUCAACAAGGAGCAGGACUCAACGCAGCAAGAGGACACGGCCAAGAAGGAUGGUAAAGAAGGAACAGAUGUUAAGCAGAAAGUGGUACAGGAUCCUAGGACAAAGUGGACAAACGUAUCGCGUCAAUACAACUGCGUCCCUUGGUUGAAGCACAAGUUUGAAAAGGGGUACUUCCCUCUUAGAUAUCCCAAUCGUACAUAUGAUGGCGAGACACCUGAGCGAAAAGUCUAUGUUGUUCACUAUGUGACCGAGAAGCCGUGGGUAACCCUAGAGAAAACAAAGAGGGAUGCUAGCCUCCAGGUAUGGCCUGAUGUGAAGUGGUGGUAUGAUGUGUAUGAUAGGCUCCGCGAGAAGUAUGCGCCCACGUUCAAUGACCUUCUCAUCCCACUCCCGCAGACAGUAAGCUUCAUGUCACAAGAGGAGGCAGACAGGAUCUAUGAGGAAGAUCAUCAACGGCUGGUUGAUCGAACACGAGAGGCCCGUGCACGAAAGAUGGAAGAACGAGAGCGUGCAGAGCUCGAAGGCCAUGCACCGGAGCGUCGCUAUGCUGAGAAGGAUGGGCCGAAAGAACGGGCACCCAGAGCUAGAACACGCAAGGAUUAG